AUGCAGAGUGAACGGAGUAGAGCAAACUAUCACACCGGACAGAGCAUCCCGCUGACAAGAGAGCACGAUUCGUAUAGAACGGACCACUGCCCCGUUCCGGUCAAAGCGAAGAUACAUGGUGCAGAGCUCAUUGCUAAGGAGAAGAUCCAUAUCAACUGGGAUGAUUCUAAUUUUGAUAACUAUUUCUAUGAUGACAAUGAUGACUCGCGGAAUAUGUGUGAUAAUGCUACCUCUAAAUCUCCUGCUCGAGCCGUCUCCAUACCAAGGUACACUGUAAUUUAUUCAACAGGAACGACUAGUACAUCUUUACGCAGCAGCAUUGAUGAGCCAGGGGUUGACUUACAAAAGAGAACCAUGGCCGGGGAGCUGAAUUCUAUUGACUCGAACUCCCUCUCUCAAAUGACUGGUGAGAUGAUCAUUCAGGAACAUACAACUGCGCCUCGAGCAGCGGGUCCGCGGCAAUUUUCACACAAAGGUGUACCAAUGGUCAGCGUGCCCAGGACCGAUCAUUCGUCUGAAAGGAAUUCCACGCAAAACAUUGUCUCUCACGAUACAGUAUCACGCGAUAGCUAUGCAGAUUCUGUGCCUGUUGCUUCUUUCGAAGUAGGGUACCGACCAGAGGCCUUUCCUAAAGAGCGGCACUGUCUCUCUCGUGGGUCCCGCUCAAGCUCAUCCCAUGCAGAUACAGAGCGGUCAGCCUCACCAAACAAACAAAGACCACAAGUUGCACAUCAAUCCACACCAUGUAUUCCUGAACAUUCUAUUAAAAACACAUCAGCACCCAAUCAAAUGUACCUACCUGGAAGCCCUAACACAUCGUUUCGUGAGAUAAAGCCACCAGCAGUUGAAGUUGUACAUUCUAGAAACUCUGCUGGCACUACUCAGCGGGCAUAUCUGGCUACUUCUAACUCUCCGCCUCAUCCUACGCCUGCUGCGGUAGCUGCACCUACACCGGCUCCUCAGCAGCCUCACGGGCAAGGUACUCAUGUGCAGGUUCCUAAGCAAGCAUACAUCACCACUUUUAGAAGCUCCCUCUCUACUAACAUGUCUCUGACAAGUGAUAAGCCGUUGUCAUCUAGAUCUCCUCACCGUAUUUUCAAUCGUGAAAAGAAGCCUGGUGCAUCUGAGCCACUGGCUACCAAUAAGGCAGGAAUACCUCAGCCUUACCAACAUCCUCCGCAGCCAAUCCCGCAGCAGUAUCCCACAGAUGGACCUCUACCUGGCACCUAUAGUGAUCAGGUUCAAUCACGUGCCGUAUCUGAGCGCUUGACUCCACGAAGAUCACUGAUUUCAACAACAAAUAUCAACGCACUUAAGCUCCAAGACGCCGUUCGCCAAGCAGACGAGCUACAUUCACAUGCUUUGAAGCAAUCGUACACCAAGCGUUCUACAUUAGAUGAUCCAUAUUCAGAAACACUAGCAAGGGCAGAAGCCAUCCUCUCACCAAAACGCGUAAUCCCAGCCACUCACGGAGGAGCACACAGCAAUCCUCCUAUUCUUCCAACCAAAAUAGAGCCGACCACUGGCUCUGCUAUGCCACAAAUCGUCGAUAUUAAUAAUAGAAUCAAGGAGGCAAUGACAAUUGCUCGCAAUGCUUUGUCCAGCCAGCAAUCUGACAACAGUGCACGGAACAGCGUGUCAAGUCCUAUUAGAGGGGUCUCUCCUAUCAAUCCAACAUACGCCUCUGCUUCCACUUUUGCUUCGCCGAUGUCUCCUGCCGGAAGGAGGCAGGCAUUUCCAGCCUCCGAGGGAGUUUCCCCGUCUCUUCAACUUGCUAAGAAGUACAUUGAUGUAACAGGUGUUGCACGGAUCAAUUAUGAACGCACAAUGUCUCCUUCACGUGGAGCCAACAGUAACAUCUCUGCAGAGAUGCUUUCGCAUCGUGUGGUCGCGGAUUCUUCAUUUCGAUCAUCGGUGCACCACUAUCCUCCAUCACGUACAUCUAAUGCUCGUCCAAGUGUAGAUGAGACGGAAACAGCUAAUUACUUCACUUCACGGAUAGCCAUACAACGAGAUGGAAAGCGGGUUCCUUCGUCCACUCAAAGUCUAACUAUAAAGGCUCCGUCUCCAUCUAGAGGUAGACAGUACACACCACUUUAUUAG